GAAGAAAAGCCACCCGUUCGUCCCCCUUCCCCUACCUCCAAUCCUUUGCCCAGGAGCUGCCUUCAUCGCAGUCACGCCCCUUCCUUCCGAGGAGCUUUCUGGCUGCCUAAGCUGGUAGACCCCCUGAUUUAUUCCUCCAUCUCCGCUCCCUUUCGCCUCAUCUUCUCUUAGUUCUCACAGCCCCCUCCACCCCCACCUCCAGUCUGUCUCGCCUCGGACCAUCCGCUGCUCCACCCUCCGGCCCGGUAUCCUGCCUGUGCACUGCCACCAAGGAGAUCCCGGACGGAGCAGCGAGGAGGGGAGCAGCCGGGAGUUGGGGCUUCCCUCCUGCCUAUCCCUGGCCUCUGGCCCGGGACCGAAGCCGCUUGAGCGAGCAGAGUCGUCACCUUGUCUUCGUUGCCUUCAGGGAGCUGCAGAGAAGGACAAAUAAGAUAACAGAAGUGAAAGAGCUCUUGUCUCCUUAGAAGAAAGGCUGAGAAACUUAAGAGUGACCAGUGGUUGGACUCUUGGCGGCGCUUACCCUGAACCUGAGUGUUAGGGGAGAGGGAAUCUGCCGUUGCGGUUUCUGGAGCUGCUCAUAAGCAAGAAUUCCCUAUCCUGAGCAAGGCUUUAAGCCUAAAAGAAAGCAGAAAUAGGUCAAGGGCAGCCCAGGUGCCCAAUUUCUCUCUCUCUUCACAAGGCACCACCAGCAAUAGAGAUGAGAAAUUCUGAAGAACAGCCAAGUGGAGGAACCACAGUAUUGCAGCGUCUGCUACAAGAGCAGCUCCGCUAUGGCAAUCCUAAUGAGAAUCGCAACCUGCUUGCCAUACACCAGCAAGCCACAGGGAACAGCCCUCCUUUCCCCAGUGGCAGUGGGAACCCAGGCCCUCAGAACGAUGUGUUGAGUCCCCAAGACCACCACCAACAGCUUGUGGCUCAUGCUGCUCGACAAGAACCCCAGGGGCAGGAAAUCCAGUCAGAAAACAUCAUCAUGGAGAAGCAGCUUUCCCCUCGAAUGCAGAAUAAUGAAGAACUCCCGACCUAUGAGGAAGCCAAGGUCCAGUCCCAGUACUUUCGGGGCCAACAGCAUGCCAGUGUCGGAGCUGCCUUCUAUGUCACUGGAGUGACCAACCAGAAGAUGAGGACUGAGGGACGCCCGUCAGUUCAGCGGCUCAAUCCUGGAAAGAUGCAUCAGGAUGAAGGACUCAGAGACCUUAAGCAAGGACACGUUCGCUCCUUGAGUGAACGACUAAUGCAGAUGUCACUGGCCACCAGUGGAGUUAAGGCCCAUCCGCCUGUUACCAGCGCUCCCCUCUCCCCACCACAACCCAAUGACCUCUACAAGAAUCCCACAAGUUCCAGUGACUUCUACAAGGCCCAAGGGCCACCUCCCAGCCAGCAUAGCCUGAAGGGCAUGGAACACCGAGGCCCCCCACCAGAGUAUCCCUUCAAGGGCAUGCCACCCCAAUCUGUAGUGUGCAAGCCCCAAGAGCCAGGGCACUUCUAUAGUGAGCAUCGUCUGAACCAGCCAGGGAGAACAGAGGGGCAACUGAUGAGGUAUCAGCAUCCCCCUGAGUAUGGAGCAGCCAGGCCAACGCAGGACAUCUCAUUGCCGUUGUCAGCCCGGAACUCUCAGCCUCACAGCCCUACUUCUUCCCUCACGUCUGGGGGUUCCUUACCCUUGCUGCAAUCUCCACCGUCCACUAGAUUGUCUCCUGCCCAACACCCCUUGGUUCCAAACCAAGGAGACCACUCAGCUCACCUGCCUAGGCCACAGCAGCAUUUCCUUGCUAACCAGGCUCACCAGGGGGAUCAUUACCGUCUCCCCCAGCCUGGCCUGAGUCAGCCGCAGCCGCAGCCACACCAUCACCACCAUCACCAGCAGCAGCAGCCAGGAGAAGCCUAUUCAGCUAUGCCUCGGGCUCAGCAGUCGUCUGCUUCGUAUCAGCCAAUGCCAGCCGACCCUUUUGCCAUUGUUUCCAGAGCCCAGCAGAUGGUUGAGAUUCUCUCAGAUGAGAACCGGAACUUGCGGCAGGAGUUGGAAGGAUGCUACGAGAAGGUGGCGAGACUGCAGAAGGUGGAGACAGAAAUCCAGCGUGUCUCAGAGGCAUAUGAGAACCUUGUGAAGUCAUCCUCUAAAAGAGAGGCCCUGGAGAAAGCCAUGAGAAACAAGCUUGAGGGCGAGAUUCGGAGGAUGCAUGACUUCAACAGGGAUCUGAGAGAGCGUCUAGAGACGGCCAACAAGCAGCUUGCAGAGAAGGAAUAUGAGGGGUCAGAAGACACCAGAAAAACCAUCUCUCAGCUCUUUGCAAAAAAUAAGGAGAGCCAGCGGGAGAAAGAGAAACUGGAAGCGGAGCUGGCCACUGCCCGUUCUACCAACGAGGACCAAAGGCGACACAUUGAAAUCCGAGACCAGGCCCUGAGCAACGCCCAGGCCAAGGUGGUAAAGCUGGAGGAAGAGCUGAAAAAGAAGCAAGUGUACGUAGAUAAGGUGGAAAAGAUGCAGCAAGCUCUUGUACAGCUCCAGGCAGCAUGUGAAAAACGAGAACAGCUGGAGCACCGUCUCCGGACACGACUGGAGAGAGAACUGGAAUCUCUCCGGAUCCAGCAGCGCCAGGGCAACUCUCAGCCCACCAAUGUUUCAGAAUACAAUGCCGCUGCACUGAUGGAGCUCCUUCGUGAGAAGGAGGAGAGAAUCCUGGCCCUGGAAGCUGACAUGACUAAAUGGGAGCAGAAGUAUUUAGAGGAGAAUGUGAUGAGACAUUUUGCCCUGGAUGCUGCGGCCACCGUAGCUGCUCAGAGGGACACAACAGUCAUCAGCCACUCUCCUAACACCAGCUAUGACACAGCUCUAGAAGCUCGCAUCCAGAAGGAGGAAGAAGAAAUCUUGAUGGCCAACAAGCGUUGCCUUGACAUGGAGGGCAGGAUUAAGACCCUCCAUGCCCAGAUUAUUGAGAAGGAUGCCAUGAUCAAGGUACUCCAGCAGCGUUCCCGGAAGGAGCCAAGUAAGACAGAGCAGCUGUCAUCCAUGCGGCCAGCAAAGUCUCUGAUGUCCAUUUCCAAUGCUGGAUCAGGCUUGCUCUCCCAUUCUUCCACCCUGACUGGCACCCCCAUCAUGGAAGAGAAACGGGAUGACAAGAGCUGGAAGGGGAGCCUAGGUAUCCUCCUGGGUGGAGACUACCGUGCCGAGUCUGUCCCUUCCACCCCCUCGCCUGUGCCGCCCUCGACUCCCCUGCUGUCAGCUCACUCCAAGACAGGCAGCCGGGACUGCAGCACGCAAACAGAACGGGGAACGGAACCCAACAAAACCGCAGCUGUCGCUCCCAUCUCUGUCCCUGCCCCAGUUGCUGCCGCCGCCGCCAGCACCGCCACUAUGGUAGCCGCUGCUCCAGUGGCUGUCGCCGCUGCCGCUCCAGCCGCCGCCACUGCCGCCGCCGCCACCGCCGCCGCCCCGUCUCCAGCAGCCGCUGCCGCCGCUCCAGCCGCUGCCCCAGCUCAGACUCCAGCCGCCGCCGCGGCCGCCGCCGCUGCUGUUCAGCUUGCUCCAGCGGCUCUGGCUCCGGCUCCGGCUCCAAUUCCAGUUACGGCUGCAGCAGCGGCUCCGGCUCCGGCUCAGACUCAGGCACCAACUCCAGCUCCGGCUGCAGCUGCUUCUCCAGCUCCAGCUCCAGCUUUGGCUCAGGCCGAGGCUCCUGCGAGUCCAGCUGCCGGCUCUGGACCACGUCGUUUGUCUAUACCAAGUGUGAGCUGCAGUCCAGAUAAGACAGAUGGCCCUGUUUUCCACUCCAAUACUCUGGAAAGAAAAGCUCCCAUUCAGAUCCUGGGACAAGAGCCUGAUGCAGAGAUGGUGGAAUAUCUCAUCUAAAUGGCCUAAUCAAGAGCUGCAGUUUAUCAGCAAGAAUGCUUUUAAUCAUUUUUCCCUUUUGUUUGUUCUUAUUUUGAGGGUGAGGACAAGGGUUGGGUGGGGGGAUGUUUUUUAAAGGGACUUUUUAUUGAAACAACAUAGUACUUAGGUAAUACCAUAUGAACUCCAGUCUGUUCUGGUACACUUAGAGAGUACCUCUAAAAAGCCAGAUCAAUCAGAAUGUACUCUAAAGUUUAUUGUUGGGAUUUAUACAAAUUCUGGGACUGUUAAUAGCUGGAUAUACAUCAAUGUUUUCAAUGUGCUGAAAUUUGUUUAGCAUUUCCAUAUUCUGGAUCAUUCUUUCAUCGAAGAACACAGUAUGUUUGGAAGACAGUGUGUAACAUGUAGUUCAGAAGUCGAAGCCAGGGAGGAUUUGGGUGUGUGCUGUUUUGUAUAGUUUCCAUCUAGGCAGCAUCCAGAGAGAGCUCUCGCCUCGGGCGCAUGAAAGGGAAUAGUUUUAAGAGCUAUGUAAACUGGAGAAAAGGUAGGGAGUAUUGGGGUGUGGAAGGGUGCUGGAGCUAAUUUUCCCUCCCAAUUUCCCAGCUACCCUGGGCCAGGAGAUUAUGUUUAUCUUUAUUUCAGUGGUGCUUUGGAAGUGGAUUCUUUUGGUUCCCUCGUGGAGGUUCAUACAUUCAUAUAUAUACUGUGGAGUAAUUUAUGCAUUUGGAUAAUUAAUAUAUUGCUUUCAGAUGCUAGGAGAGUAAAUUAGCUGAGUGAUGUACAACUUCUUCUCUAUUAGGGAGUUAGACCAUCCGAGGCCUUGACGGAGAGUUGCAUGAGGUGCUGUAUGCAGACUUGUGUGGUCUGUGUGUAGCCAGGAACAUAGCUCGCUUGCCUUUCCCGAGACCAACCUGCUUAGUGUUUAUUUCUUCUUCAGCACAAACUCACUGGCUGUGUCACCAGUCUCAAAUUGCCAAUCAUUUGCAAAAUGAGGAAGCGUUUUUGUUGACAGGUUGAAUGCUUUGAAUUUCUGGUGACUACUUUGAAAUAACUCAUGUUGUUUUCCCGAAUUCUUAGCAUACGUCUUAAAAGGCAUAUAUGACUAUCACCUCCAAGGGAAUAGCAUCAGAAGCCCAAAGUACUAUGCUGCAGUCAGGGGAGAGGGGGGCUGCAGCAGUAUCCCAGCUACCUCUUCUCACUGCCAGUGACUCCAUCUUGGAAUACCUUUGGAGAGCAGCAGGAAAAGCACAUGUGGGCAGGGACCAAGGAGGCCAUGGCUCCAAGCUUUGCCUUAGGUCUGCCUCCAGGGACACAGAAGGGCUGCCUAUUGUCACAGGUCUCUGCCCUGUGUCUCCUCUCUGCCCUUCAUUAAGGUGACAAAUCCAUAGACAAUGUCAUUAAGAUCAGUUUUC